UGAGGGGGUUGGCUCACCGAAGCAGGAUAAACGACUUGAAGCAAGAAUAAACAGUCUGGGGACCGGUAUUCGUCACGACAGACUAUAUAGAUACGUGGGGUGCACCACUGACCUUGGCGCGAAAAGAGGUUGAUCGAGUGUCGGCAACGGAUGGACGUUUUCAGUGGCUGAAGACCGGCAUUUUGCGGCCCAUUAUACAGCCCCACUCACCACUCUUCGCGAGGAAAGAACACGCAUCGGGAAGGCUCGUAUCGACAUUGCGCGCUGAGGACGCGGUCGCUUCCUUCCCGGCGAAAACGUUGAGCCCGACGGCUUGGCGAGACUCGUGCAAGCUGCAGAGUAACAUGGACGCAUGCGAUGCACCGAUUAUCGAAGACCGGGUAGUGAGGUCAUCUGUGCCACAUCAGCCGGUGCCGGACGCCGAUUACGCGACCUACUUGAGGUCUGUCUGGGGCAAAUUCAAAGGUCGCACAGCGUUGGUGCAGAGCAACACGGAUGAGCGCUACACGUACGGUGAGCUCGAGGAUGCCUGCAACCGCGUCGCUGCCGGCCUCGCCAGCCUUGGCUUCAGGCCAGGAGACAUGGCUGGCAUACACUGUGAAACUGGCCUGGAUGCCAUGGUCGCCUUCUACGGCACUGCGUUCGCCGGCGGCUCCAUGGUUUUUGCCAAGGCGAGCCUUACAGCACGAGAGGUGAAGUACGAUUUCGAAGAAACAAAGCCCUGUAUUGUAUUCUGCGAUGAAGAAAACGCAACUAAGGCACAGGAGGCCUGCAAGACAAUACCCAGUGUAAAGACGCUGGUGGUCUUCGGUCAGCGCGAGGGUAUGGUGCCCUUUUCGAUGAUACGGCGAAGUCCCCGCGCGGCUUCCCUCCCCAGGGUGGACCCGGAGAGCCUGCUGGCUGUCCUCUUCUCGAGCGGCACCACGGGGCUACCGAAGGCUGCGAUAUUGUCCCACCGAAACGCUGUCGCCCACUUAUUCUGUUCAAGUCUCGACAACACUCAACCGGUUGUCAACGACGACGUGCUACUGGGAACUGCGCCGUUUACGCACGUGUCGGGCCUGCUUUUCAAUCACGCCGUGUUCGCAAGCGGCGCUUGCCUGGUGAUCGUCGGAAGCUCCGAGCCAUGCGAUGUUCUGCCGGCUAUCGAGAAAUACAAGGGCACUGUCAUGUUCCAGUUUCCAACCAUUCUUCAGAAGCUGGUCAGAAGUCCACUGUUGGAAAGAUACGAUGUGAGCAGCGUCAAGAAGGUCUACGUGGGCGGAAGUGCUACGCCAUCCGUGACAGUCGAAGAGACGCUGCAAAAGUUCAACCUGGACCAUUUUGGACAAGCGUACAGCAUGUCAGAGAGCUUUGGAUCUGGAAUGAUAUCGCACAAGGGAAAAGAUUAUGAGACUGUUGGCCCACCGACGGCCAUGACAAAGGUGAAAGUCGUUGAUGUCAACACGGGCGAGAAACUGGGCCCCAAGCAAACAGGAGAAAUACGCAUAAAAAGCCCUACAUGCGUUAGUGGCUACAUGAACAACAGCGAGGCCACAGCCAACCUUUAUGACGAAGACGGUUUUAUACGGACUGGCGAUAUCGGCUACUACAACGAGUCCGGCGAGUUCUACGUGAUGGACCGCAUCAAGGAUAUGUUCAAGUGCAUGGACCGGCAGGUGGCCCCUUCCGAGAUCGAGGAAGUGCUGACACAGCACGAGGCCGUCAAGGAGGCAGCCGUGGCGGGCGUCCCUCACUCCGAGUUCGGCGAGGCGCCCAGGGCGUUCGUCGUGCUGAACGCUGGAUACGCGCCCAGCGAGGCCACCGCAGCCGAGCUACGAGCCCUCGUCUCUGCGAAUACCGCCCCGCAGAAGCACCUCCAUGGAGGCGUGGAGUUUGUGUCGACCAUCCCGAAGUCUGACACUGGCAAGAACCUGCGCAGGGACCUGCGAAACGCCUACCUGCAACGCCAGGCAGCUCGCAGACUUUGACAGCUUUCUGGAGCACCCACUGCGAGAGCUCAAGUCGGGUCGAAGAAGCCAUCCGUCCCUUGAACGAUGAUUUUACACGCUCUUGCACUCGCAUUCGCUGGCUUUCUUCACUCGUGCUAUACGCACACCAGUACGAAAGGGAACACAAAAUCGUUGUUCUAAGGGCGAUCACUGCGGAAAUCCGAGUUGGAGCAUGCCAUGCGGCUGAUGCACUAUAAACACAGUUACCGUGUUGAAAAAACAUCACUUAGCGCUUUUUUUAUCUCACUUCAAAAAUCAAGGAUUGGUCAGAAACGCGCAACAGAUCUGUAGUUUUCACGUGUUGGUUCCACGUGAAAUUACGCCUUUCCUGAAGCGGGUACCUGAAAAUUCUUUCUUUCUGAAGGAAAUGUUAUGCUGUCACCUCUAAACAUACAAUUAAAAUGUUAAUUUCUUUGCCAUAUAGUGUAUCUUUUGAGGAAUGAAGGAAAUGACUUCAAGGCAACCUUAUCUAUAAGGACAUGUGAGGUUUCAUUUAGUUGCAAACAAAGACAUGCAUAGGGCUCUAAAGGAAAAUAUCUAAAAUAAGAGACUAAAUACUGCGCGGGUAAUUUACUUCUGUAUAGAGUACUAAAUGUUCAAAUUCUAAAACUACCAUAGUACGAAAAGUAUUGUGCUACUUUCCAGAUAUUUUCAAUAUACAAGACACUGCUCAAACAAAACAAAUUUUGUCAAACAGCAAAAUCCCGAAUAACCAAAACAUUUGCUUGCCACCGGAAAGAGUUUCUUUUCUUGUGAGUGAUAGAGAGCCUGCCCUCUUCUUUUUGAUAUCGCCGCCUACGCUGAAAAGCCCCUCUAAGACACCGCAGCGCUGCGCUUCAGUGUUCCGUUGUAUUGAAUCGUUAAAUAAAAUAAAGUUACCGAGACGUAGGCAAAAUGACUUCUCUUGGCCACUAAGUGCGAAUGGGAUGCCAUGUCGAUAGUAGACAAAAAAGAAAAUUACGUGCCGAACAAAGAUGGUCUUGAGGGAAUUGCUCAGCACAAUGAGGAUUGUCGAUUUCGCAUACGCGCACUUACGUUUUUCUCAUAAAAUCGAAGACAACUAAUGUUGCUCUUA